AAACAAAUCCCACACACCUUUUUUUAAUUAAAUAUGUGUUUUAGUGAGAAAAAAGCUUAUAAGUAAGCUCGUUUAUUAGUGACAGUAAUUUAUUUCCUAUGUUUAUAGUUCAAACGAUUAUUGUUCAUUAAAUAAGAGUCGAGUUGCGCGUGAAGUGUGCUGGUACUUGCUGUACAAAGAUAUAGUCAUGAGGCAAUUAGUUUUAUUAUUAGCUAUUUUAACUGUAGCAAUUUCAAAACCAGAAGAAAAAAAGGACAGGGUUUAUGAUAGAGAAUUAAGCGACAAGGAACAUUAUGAAAAUCAACAUCACAAUCCACAGUAUGAUCAUGAAGCAUUUCUGGGGGAAGAGGCAAGGACAUUUGACCAAUUACCACCAGAAGAAAGCAUGAGAAGAUUAGGGAUUAUAGUUGACAAAAUAGACACAAAUAAUGAUGGAUUUGUAACUGAAGAAGAGCUGAAAGACUGGAUAAAAUUUACCCAAAAGAGAUAUAUCACAGAUGAUAUAGAGAAGCAUUGGAAACAGCACACAUCAGAUGGAAAGGAGGAGGUGUCUUGGGAGGACUACAAGAGUGUUAUUUAUGGAUUUUUGGAACAUAUGGACCCUGCUGAUGCCCAAAAAGAAGAUGCUGGUAUCUCAUACACCAACAUGAUGAACAGGGAUAGAAGAAGAUGGUCAGCAGCUGAUUCCAACGGUGAUGACAAACUCACCAAAGAAGAAUUUGGGGCCUUCUUGCACCCAGAAGAAACUGAACAUAUGAAAGAUAUUGUGGUGCUGGAAACUAUGGAAGAUAUAGAUAAAGAUAAAGAUGGAAAGAUAUCUUUGAAAGAAUACAUUGGGGACUUGUACCAGUCUGAUGAAAACGAAUUAGAGCCUGAUUGGGUCCAAAGUGAAAAACUUCAUUUCACUACAUACAGGGACAAGGAUGGAAAUGGUUAUAUGGAUCAAGAAGAGGUCAAAAAUUGGAUUUUGCCACCAGAUUUUGAUCAUUCUGAAGCAGAAGCCCGUCAUUUACUUUAUGAGGCCGAUUCAGAUGCAGACCAGAAAUUAACAAAACAGGAAAUUUUGGACAAAUACGAUGUAUUUGUGGGAUCUCAAGCAACUGAUUUUGGUGAAGCUUUAACAAGGCAUGAUGAAUUUUAAGUAAUUAUUUGUUUUUUAAUUAUUAUUCAUGAUCUUAUGUUUAGUAGGGUAUGUUGAAACAAAAUAGCUUUUUUGAUUGAAAUGCAUUAAUAUGUAGUUAAAUUGUUUUAAACAAUAUUCCCAAUGAUGAGCCCAAAAAACAAAGUUUAAAGUUUUAUUUUAAAGCCUACAUUUCUAAAACUACAAAAUUCACAAUGUUAGUCAAUAGGUAAAUGUUAUCAAGAUAAUGUAGUUUCUCCCAAAAUGAACUGCAGGAAAAUUUCAUAA